AUGGCCGUUUCUUUUGAGAAGGAGAACGUGGACUUGAGAAUUAAAGUUUAUGAGUUGGAAAAGAGCAUACAAUAUUAUAAAGAAAAAUAUGUGAGUGUGUUUCUUGAAAAUCAUGCUAAUGAAGAACUUAUUACCAACUUGCGAAAGGAACAUAAAAAGAAAAGUGAACAUAUGGAAUAUAAUUUCAUGGAAAGAAUUAAAAGACUGGAGAAAACCUUGGAUGUUGAAAGAAAAAGAGAGGUUAAAAGUGCACUACAGACUGAGAGAAACUCUCCAAGGAAUAAUAUUGAGACUAAGCACUUCAAUGAUAAACUUCAUAAGUCUGACACUGAUAUGAGUGAGUUAAAGAAGUUACUAGAUUUAGAGAAGGAGAAAGUUCUGAAAGCUGAGAAGAGUUUAAGUUCUCAAAGUAUGGAAUUUGAAAAAGAGAAGAAGAAAAUGUAUGAAUUAGAGAAAAUCUUUGAUUUUGAGCAACUGAUCAUCUUGGAACGAGGCAAGACUGAUAAAGAGAAGGAAGACAUCAGAGAAGAGUGUCUGAGCCAGAAUCAAGAACUAUCUGACUGCAUUGCUAAAAAGCAAAAAGCUUUGGACGAAGCGAAGAAGCUAUUUGCUAUUGAAAAGUAA